CGAGUAGUACGGACGCGUUCCGGUUGAAUUGUUUGCCUAAGUGAAGUGCGAAUAGCAAAGAAUAGUAAAAGUAACAAAUCGGACGUAUUCAAUCAGAACAAAACAAUAAUAAAUGUCAAACGAUUGUUUAAAAGUGAGGAGAAAGUAUCUCAAAAUAACAAAUGAAGGACUGAGAAUUGUUAAAAUAAUUAAAUAAUUUGUUAAUUUUAAUUUUCAAAAAUGGAUUUCGACCAAAUACUCGAAGAGAUUGGCGAAUUCGGACGUUAUCAGAAAACAAAUUACUUACUAAUUUGUUUACCGGUAAUGUUCGCCGCAGCGAAUAGUCUGUCGUAUGUCUUUACUGCCGGCCCACCAACUUACAGAUGUUUAAUUCCAAAAUGUGAUAAUCCGGCGCAACCAGAUCUAUUAGCGCCGUGGUUAGUAAAUGCUACUCCCGGAGUAACAGAUAAAAAAGGUGUAUUCACACCUGAAACUUGCUAUCGUUUUCGUUUAAAUGAAAGUAUAACAUCUAGUGAUGAUGACAACAACCUUGGUCAAUGCCCAAAAAGUUAUUUCAUGACAAACGUCAAGGAACGUUGUCAUGAAUGGGUUUUUGAUACUGAAGAGCGCACCAUAGUUCAAGAAUGGCAACUUACGUGUAAAGAGAAUAUCUGGAAAUUAGCUUUUGUAGGCACAAUGCACUUUGCUGGUCUUGUGUUGGGUACAGCAUUGUCUGGUUACUUUGCUGAUCGUUUUGGACGCAAAAUAGUUUUCAUUAUUUGUAUUAUUUUUAUGGCUAUAACCGGCAUAGCCCAGGGACUUGCUUGGGACUAUAACAGUUUCUUAUUAUUUGCUUUCCUUAAUGCAGUCGGAACAUCCGGUGUAUAUCCACUUGCAUUUAUAAUUGGCGUGGAAAUGGUUGGUCCUCGUAUGCGUGAAAUGUCGUCAAUAGUUUUAAACUAUUUCUACGCUAUUGGUGAAGCUAUGGUUGGAUUGACUGCAUGGCUACUUCACGAUUGGCAAUUGUUACAAUUUGCACUGUCCGUACCGCCUUUAUUCUUUAUAGUAUAUUACUGGAUAGUACCGGAAUCGGUACGUUGGUUACUUGCACGCAACGAGAAAGAAAAGGCAGGGUUAAUUAUACAAAGAGCAGCAGCGAUAAAUAAAAAGGAAUUAUCAGCGGGACUAUUGGCCAACUUUAAGGUUGAGAAUUGUAAUGGAACCAAAUCCAAAUCAAAAGCGGAUAAGAAUGAAAUCUGGUCAGCAGUAAAGCAAGUGUUUAAGUCAAAAACUUUACUGAUACGUUAUACAAUUAUGUUAUAUAUAUGGGCUAUCAACGCUGUCGUCUUCUACGGACUGUCAUUAAAUUCCACUAACUUAAGCGGAAACAAGUAUAUUAAUUUUGCACUGGUUUGCUUAGUUGAGAUACCUGGUUACUCCUUAGCCUGGAUUUCAUUACGUCGGUUUGGACGUCGUUUAUCUCUUACCGGUUCGUUGUUUCUUUGUGCUGUAACGUGUGUGGCAGGUGGCUAUAUAACCAAAGUACAACUAAAUUUGGAAUCACGUACUACAUGGGCUAUUAUUACGCUAUUUUUAAUUGGUAAAUUGGGCAUUACAUCAUCAUUUGCUGUAAUAUAUACUUAUACAGCAGAAAUGAUGCCAACUGUAAUACGUAGUGGUGGUGUUGGUGUUAUGUCUACUUUUGCUCGAUUUGGUGCUAUGCUUGCACCUUUUGUGCCGCUCUUGGGAGUUUAUUUUGAACCUCUGCCAUUACUUCUUUUUGGCGCAGCUUCAUUUUCCGCUGGCAUAUUGGCCUUGUUAUUACCAGAAACAUUUCGUAAAAAAUUACCUGAUACAGUAUUAGAUGCAAAACUAUUAGGUAAAAAUAAAAAAAAGACCACAGAAGAUGAACCAGAGGGAAUUAGAAAUAAUAGUACAAGUAACUCGAACGAUGAGCCUGUUGGUAUUCAAAGUGAUACUGGAUAAAAUUAAUAAUAGAUUAAUAUAUAGAUUUUGGAUAAUGGAGUACAAAGCUACUUUUUGUUUAAGUAUUUAAAGAAAACCUAUAUACAAUAUAGC